CUAAUGGCCGCCUCCUGAAAAGGAUUGCGAGAGGAUACGUUGCACAGAUUCAUACCGUUGUCCUGGCGUGAUAAAAUAAUAUAAGGACUAGUAAAGUAGAUGUCCAGGAUGCUACGUAAUGUGGUGAAGUGUGUGAUGGUGUUGGCAUCAAGUGCUGUUGUCCUACCCUACACCAUUUCUCUCCUGUGUAAUAUUCUCAAUGGAUGGCCACAAACCAGACACAAGUUCCGAAGAGCCUUCCAUCCUAAAAAAGUGUAUGCAUUGAACUACGCUGUGCUUCAAAAACUUGUAGUUACAUUACGCUACUUUCCUCGUUACAUACAAUGGAAGAUGUUUUACAGCUCAGCAGAUUUAUCUAAAAUACAUAAGAACUUUGUAUUUGGAAGAAACAACCGUAACCUAGAUUUGUACCUGCCUGGUAUGAGAGGACUACAGCCUGCUAGACCCCACCCCGUCCUUGUGUUUGUGUAUGGAGGAGCGUGGAGCUCGGGAGACAAGAAUAUGUAUGGUUUGGUGUGUUCCGAGCUUGCCAAUAGACUCCAGGUUUUGGUGUGUUGUCCUAACUACUCUAUCUACCCUCAGGGCUAUGUGGAUGAUAUGGUUCAGGAUGUGGUGGACUGUGUGUCAUGGGCAUACCAGAACAUAGAGAUGUAUGGAGGAGACAAGGAUAGAAUCAUGCUGGUUGGACAUUCUGCCGGGGCACACCUCUCUAUGAUGGCUGUGCUAGAGCUUCUUCAUGAUGAGCUGAUACAGGGGGGCACCACCCAGUCCCAACUCAUGCUGCAGGAGAGUCUAAGGUUCCAGGACACACACUUUGAUGGCAAUAAGAGGAGCAGGAUUGACACUCUAGAUGAAAGUUCAGGCUCAUCAGGGUCAUUUUGUGUACUCAAUGAUAAUGGGGAAAGGGGGGGCCCACUGGAAUCAAGUGGUGCUACUAGUAUGUAUGAAAUGAUAUCAGUCAAAUCGGACCAGGGAGAUAAUGGAGAUAGCUCUGAACAGGGGUCUGCUGAUACAGGAAGCCAGUCCAAGGAUGAUGAUGAUGACAGAGACGAGGCACCAGACAAUCAAGGGGGUGCCAUGGACAGACAGGUUAGCCAGGAUACUUCUGAGGUCACAGAGGUCAGAGUGGAGGUCACAGAAGUCAGUGGGGAGGAGGUCACAGAAGUCAAAGAAGAGGUCCGAGGUGUCGGGGAACAAAUGGAAGAAGAGGAGGAACACAGUGAGAAUGAAUCGAUAGUGACAAUCAGACCCCGGGAGUUGGAAGGUCAUCCAACUUUAUUGGAGAUGGGAAAGUCCAUUAAAGCUGUAGUGGGACUUGCUGGUGUUUAUGAUAUAAGUGACCAUUUUGAACAUGAGUAUAUGCGAGGUGUGGAGGAUGUGUCCAAAAUGACCAGAGCUAUGUAUGGAGAUGAGCACUUUGACCGUUUCUCCCCUUCCUCCCUGGUCAGGACCCUGUCCAGCAGUGUCAAUUUACCCCCUGUAGUUCUUAUCCAUGGUACAGAGGACUAUGUUGUUCCCUUGUCGUCUACGACCAAGCUAGCAGAGGCGAUAAAGGAGAUUUACGGCGAUGUGACAGUCAGAAUUAUACCAGGCUGUGACCACUUCAGUGUUUGCCUCGACAUCAUGAACUCAAAGAGUAAAUAUUAUGAGAGUGUGCUUGGUGUGAUCUUAGAGACUGCUGCCAAAGUGCUAAAAUAAGAAUCAUUAGUCUUUAUUAGAAAAAUUAUCACGUUGUCUUUCAAAUUUCCUGCAUAUAUGAUGCUGUAUUUUGAUGAUGUUAGGUUGAGACAUUGUUUUAUGUACACGUAUAUCAUUUGACUGUGUAAUGUUGUACCUGUGUUUUAUAUGUUCAGAUACCUGUAUGUGCUAGACACAUACUGGGCAUGAAUGGGUACCUUACACUGUCAGGUCAGAGUUGCUGACUGAACUCUACACAAGAGUAUGUUAGAGUGGUAGUAUCAAAUAUGUAGGGUGAACUAUAAACAGGGAUUGUGGAGAUAGAUUUAACUUGACCUACAUAUUAUGCUUUCUUUAUGAUGAGUGAAUAUCAGAGGCCUGUGUCAAAGUAAUACAUGUGUCUUUGAAUCAGUGUAAUACCUAUAUCAGUGUAAUACCUGUGCUAUACCUGUGUUAUACCUGUUUCAGUGUUAUACCUGUAUGGGUGUAAUACAUGUAAAGGUGUAAUACCUGUAUCAGUGUUAUACCUGUAAAGGUGUAAUACCUGUAUCAGUGUUAUACCUGUAAAGGUAUAAUACCUGUAUCAGUGUUAUA